GUUGAAGGCACAAAGUAAUAAUUUGCACGGUAGUCGGUUCUAUAUAUUUCUCUGUCUCUCUCGUGCUUGCUUAUAGAAGCGGCAAAGCGAACUACCAGUCACACAAAGCCUUCACUUUUCUUUCCUUCUCUUUCUACACUCUCUUUCUUCCUAUCAUUCGGUUGAACCUACACGGAAGAGACAUCUGCAACUUUCAAUGAGGGUAAGGAAUUCACAAAAAUUCAUGCUUCAGCUUUCCAGCUUCAACAAGCUGUAAUUGUGGUGCAAUCGAAGUUAAGUAUGUUCAUGUUCAGAGUCUAGCAAAAGGAGCUUGCGGGCAUUCUGGUUUAUCUCUUGGAUUCGAAGCUCAUUGGCUAAUCAAGCUGAAUUUUUUCUGAUUACAGUGAUGAUUCUGUUCAAUCUUUUUUGAAUGUACCCAUUUUUGGGUGACGGGCUUGGUUUAAUUUGGUGCUUUCCUUUUCAACGUCGGUGUUUUCAUUUUCCGUAGAAUAAGGACGUUCACUCUGCAGAGGAGAAAUCUAUGGUUGUAUUGUGCAUGUGUUGCUGGUGUUCCUGUGAUCUCUUACAAAACAAGUGGAUGAAGGCGGGGGGAUCAGGUGAAAAGCUGGAUUUAUAGGAGAAAAGAAGAGAACACAUUUCAGAAAUGCCUCAACGACCAAAGAGGAGGAUACAUUUUAGUAAAUUAUAUUCAUUUUCGUGCAUAAAAUCUCCCUUCAGACAUGAUCAAUCUCAGAUUGGGCAGAGGGGAUACUCAAGGGUCGUAUAUUGCAAUGACCCUGACAACCCAGAAGCUGUUCAGUUGAAUUACUUAGGCAAUUAUGUUUCAACGACCAAGUAUACGGCUUUUAAUUUUAUUCCCAAGUCUUUGUUUGAGCAGUUUAGGAGGGUUGCAAAUAUCUACUUUCUCAUUGUCGCGUGUCUUUCGUUUAGUCCAUUGGCACCUUUUACGGCUUUAAGUAUUGUUGCACCGUUGCUGGUGGUGAUGGGAGCUACUAUGGCCAAGGAAGCUGUGGAAGAUUGGAGGAGAAGAAAACAGGAUAUUGAAGCAAACAACCAAAAGGUUAAUGUGCUCAGUGGAAAUACAUUUGUGGAGACCAGAUGGAAGAAACUCCGGGUGGGUGAUGUCAUCAAAGUGUAUAAGGAUGAAUACUUCCCUGCUGAUCUUCUUUUGCUUUCAUCGAGUUAUGAGGAUGGGGUUUGCUAUGUUGAGACAAUGAAUCUUGAUGGAGAAACCAAUCUAAAACUAAAGCAUGCUUUGGAAGUCACAACUCAUCUUCACGAUGAAAAAUCCCUUGAAAAGUUUAGGGCAGUGAUCAAAUGUGAGGAUCCUAAUGAAAAUCUGUACUCAUUUGUUGGAACCUUGUACUAUGAAGACAAAGAAUAUCCGCUUUCAUUGCAACAGAUUCUUUUAAGGGACUCCAAGCUGAGAAACACUGAAUAUGUAUAUGCUGUUGUUAUCUUUACUGGCCAUGAUACAAAAGUGAUGCAGAAUGCCACUGAACCACCAUCCAAGAGAAGCAAAAUUGAGAGAAAAAUGGAUAAAGUAAUCUACAUCCUCUUUAGCACCUUGGUCUUGAUAUCAUUUAUUGGCUCUGUCUAUUUUGGAAUUGAGACAAAAAGGGAUCUUCAUGAUGGCAAGUACAGAAGAUGGUAUCUUCGUCCAGACAAUACAACAGUGUUUUAUGAUCCUAGAAGGGCAACACUUGCUGCUAUUCUUCAUUUUCUAACUGCCCUUAUGUUGUAUGGAUAUCUAAUUCCCAUCUCACUAUAUGUAUCCAUUGAAAUUGUGAAAGUCUUGCAGAGUGUUUUCAUCAACCAUGAUCGGGAAAUGUAUUAUGAAGAAGCUGAUAGGCCAGCUCAUGCACGCACAUCUAAUUUAAAUGAGGGACUUGGGCAGGUUGAUACUAUAUUGUCUGACAAAACAGGUACUUUGACAUGCAACUCCAUGGAGUUUGUGAAAUGCUCCAUAGCAGGCACUCCAUAUGGUCGUGGUAGGACAGAAGUGGAGAAAGCACUUGCACGGAGGGGGAGAAAUCAGGAACUGGAAGCCGAUGGUUUAUCACCUGAUUUACAGGGCCAGAAUAAUGAUGCUGUGGACUCCAGGCAACCAGUUAAGGGUUUCAACUUUAGAGAUGAACGUAUAAUGAAUGGGAAAUGGGUUAAUGAACCUCAUUCAGACGUCAUACAGAAAUUCUUCAGAGUUUUAGCAAUCUGUCAUACAGCUAUUCCAGAUGUAGAUGAACAAUCUGGAGAAAUUUCCUAUGAAGCAGAGUCACCAGAUGAAGCAGCUUUUGUCAUUGCUGCAAGGGAACUUGGUUUUGAAUUUUUUGAAAGGACACAAACAAGCAUAUCAUUGCAUGAAUUGGACUAUGACAGCGGAGAAAAGGUUGACAGAGUAUACGAGCUUCUGCAUGUCUUAGAGUUCAGCAGUUCCCGCAAAAGAAUGUCAGUGAUUGUAAGGAAUGAAGAAGAUCACCUCUUGCUCCUAUGCAAGGGUGCAGACAGUGUUAUGCUUGAAAGGCUCUCCCAAGAUGGAAGAAAAUUUGAGGCUGAGACUGUAGAUCAUAUCAAAAGAUAUUCUGAGGCAGGUUUAAGAACUCUGGUAAUCGCAUAUCGUGAACUUGGUGAAGAAGAAUAUAAGUUGUGGGAAAGGGAGUUUUUAAAAGCCAAAACUUCUCUAGCUGCAGACCGUGAUGUGUUGGUGGAUGCUGCUGCUGAGAAGAUGGAAAGAGAUUUGAUUCUUCUUGGUGCAACAGCAGUUGAGGACAGACUUCAGAAAGGGGUUCCUGAAUGCAUCGAUAAGCUUGCUCAGGCAGGAAUAAAAUUAUGGGUAUUGACUGGGGACAAGAUGGAAACUGCAGUUAACAUCGGGUAUGCUUGCAGCUUACUUAGGCAAGACAUGAAACAGAUAGUGAUAACUCUGGAUUCACCAGAUAUCCUAUCCUUAGAAAAACAAGGGGACAAGGAGGCUCUUACAAAGGCCUCCCUUGAAAGCAUUAAGAAGCAAAUCAGAGAGGGAAUAUCCCAAAUCAAGCCUGCAAAAGAGAGUUCUAAAGAAACUUAUACUGAAUUCGGCUUGAUAAUUGAUGGGAAGUCCUUGGAUUAUUCUCUUAACAAGAACGUUGAGAAGUCAUUUUUUGAUCUGGCCAUUAGUUGUGCUUCGGUCAUUUGUUGCCGAUCUUCACCCAAACAGAAAGCUCGUGUUACAAGAUUGGUGAAAUUGGGAACUGGGAAGACAACACUAUCAAUAGGUGAUGGUGCAAACGAUGUUGGCAUGCUUCAGGAGGCUGAUAUAGGAGUUGGUAUCAGUGGUGCCGAAGGGAUGCAGGCAGUGAUGGCAAGUGAUUUUGCAGUAGCUCAGUUUCAAUUUCUGGAGCGUUUGUUGUUGGUACACGGCCACUGGUGUUAUAGACGAAUUGCAAUGAUGAUAUGCUACUUUUUCUAUAAGAACAUUGCAUUUGGAUUUACUCUGUUUUGGUAUGAAGCGUACGCUUCUUUCUCUGGACAACCUGCAUACAAUGAUUGGUACAUGUCAUUUUACAAUGUCUUCUUCACUUCACUUCCUGUAAUUGCUCUGGGUGUUUUUGAUCAGGAUGUUUCUGCCCGACUUUGCCUCAAGGUACCCUUUUUAUAUCUUGAGGGAAUAAAGGACAUCCUGUUCAGCUGGCCGCGGAUUCUCGGGUGGAUGUUUAAUGGGGUCAUCACUUCCUUGAUUAUCUUCUUCUUGACCACAAACUCUGUCAUGAUCCAGGCCUUCAGAAGUGAUGGUCAGAUGGUUGGUUGGGAAAUACUAGGGGUCACGAUGUAUACUUGUGUGGUUUGGACUGUGAAUUGCCAAAUGGCACUAUCCAUUAACUACUUCACUUGGAUCCAGCAUUUGUUCAUAUGGGGCAGCAUUGUCUUCUGGUAUUUGUUCUUGCUGGUUUAUGGCUAUCUCCCUCCAGCCAUAUCCACGACAGCUUACAAGGUUCUUGUGGAAGCCUGUGCUCCCAGUGGUCUCUAUUGGCUUGUUACUCUCUUCGUUGUCGCGUGUGCUCUUCUUCCCUACUUCUCGUAUAGGUCUUUCCAGACGCGGUUCCUACCAAUGUACCAUGAUAUUAUUCAGAAAAAACAAGUGGAAGGGUCCGAAACUGAGGCAUCUAAAGAUCGGCCGAAAAGUGUUGAGGGCAAGCUAAGCCAUCUCAGAGAAAGAUUGAAGCGAAGGGACUUGUAAAGUGCAAAUUAUCCAAACCUCUCCUUUCCCUCUUGUGAUAUUUGAACUGGGAAAGGAAGUCUGUACAAGUAGGGUUUGUGUGGCAGCCACCUGUUGUAUAUUAUGUAAAGUUUGUGUCUUUGUAAUUGGAAGAAGUAUAUAAUGAUAAUGAAAUCCUCUGUUUUCUUGUGUCA